AUGUCUUCCUUCAACUACGACCGCUACGACCGUCGCCAGAACAACUCGCGCAACCGCAGCGCCCUCGGCUUCUACGUUCCUCUGAUCCUCACCGUGACAGUCGCGACCGCAGGUCUUGCAGCCUGGGUAUGGAGUGCGCGCGAGGAUAGUCGGGAUUACUCAUCCGACGACGACUUGUCCUAUGGCGAAGACUCGACUGAGAAGCGACAAGGCAGGGCGCCUGCAGCACGCGAUGCAUCUGGAUUUCCUGUAGGCGAGGGAGGCGGUGAAGGCUAUGGAUACGGGGGUGGCGACAGCACACUGCUUGGUCGCGCACAAGGCGUCAUCAGACGCACGCCAUCGCCACAGCAACUCUUCGAUACUGUGAGUAAGAAGACGGCGGCGGGCUGGGCAGCCGCGGGUGCAGCUGCUGGUGCCGCGCUUGCUUCGAUUCGCGAAGAAGACAAAGACGAGGCUUUUGGCGAUCACUCGCGAUGGAGCGAGGAGGCCACGAUUAGGAGGAAUGUCGAGGCUCAGAGUCGAGAUAGCAAUGCUGCGGUGGAUGCGCAGGCACGGAGCUUUGCGGCCAGUGUGCGCAAAGCUGAAGGAAGGGGCGAAUACAGCGGAAAGAGGAAGACAGUGAUACUGGUCGUCAGCGCAGAGAGCCUGAUGGACAGAGUUGAUGAUGAUGAGGGCUCAUACCGCGAAGAGAACGCUACCAUCCUCUCCCACCUCCCCGACACCGAUUUCUCCAGGACCAAGCUCUUCGUACUCAUCUACUCCCCAUCCCUGCGCUCGCGCCCACAAUCCCGAGCCAACUCUCGCACUGGAUCGUCUUCGCUUGGCGACUCAUACUCUGCCAUCAGCACACCUGCACGCACACCGGGCGAGGAACUAUCUUCCAUUGAGCCAGUUGUCUACACGCCAGCACCAAGCACUCGGGGGUCUGACAAUACACUCUGGAACACUCUCCACUCGCAAGCGCUCCGUCUAGUCGAGGACCCUGCCAUGGUCAUGCCUUUCAACACCACCACAGGAUUCGUGCAUAUGCUCAGACACCUCGGACCCGAACUUGUUUACGUAGUCGACGCAUUGAGCGGCGUGAACGGUCAGAACAUCGAAGACCUGCGCAAGUGGGUUGCACAGACCAUCGUCGUUGUUGGCGCUGAUGGUACUGGUCUCGGCGGGCUUGUAGACACAGACGACGAGGGCCCUAUGCGCAAGGGCAAGGAAAGUGAGCAUACCGUCAGGUGGUGGCAGGUUCGCAGCGAUAUGAUCGGUCUCGGCAAGGGUGUCGAAGUUGUCGAUGCUUCCAGACUCGAAGACGACUAUGAGAGGAGGGUCGGUGGACGCGAGUAG